AUGGGUACCACUGGCGAUGUAACAUUUUCGGUUGGUGAACAGAGUGAAGAAAUUCGAAAAAAAUUCUGGAUAAGUAAUUAUAAAAAAUGUCCAAUGUGUAACAGUGAAAAUAUAGCUGUCAAUUGGUCGGUAUGUGCAUAUAGACAAAAUGGAGAUGGAUCGGGCACAGUUGUAUAUCAAUGUCUUGGAAAUGAAACGAGAAAUGAUGUCGAAAAAGUAACAUGGGAUAAGACUACAAGAAAAUUAUCAGGUGAACAUGGUUGUGGAUUUUAUACAUCAUUUCUUUAUGAUGAAAGAGAAUCAGGUGACGAACAUUUUCAAACAAAGUAUUGGAAAAAAUGA